AUGAAGGCUAUUGCUCUCCCUGUCGGAAUUACUGCCCAAACCAGCGAGGAGCAGCGAAACAAGAUUACCCGGGCCACUGAGAGCAUCGUCGCUCAAUUGGUCGAAGGUGGCGUUCGCGCCGAAGCCGAUCUCAGAUUUGCGGCCGUUUGGCUUCUGGUCCUCUCCGAAUACACCCGCCACAUCAACGAGCUGUACGAAAAGUUGCUCUCCCAUGAACCGGACGAACUUCUUUGCGUGCUUGCCGAUAGAAGGUAUAAGCACGACGAAUCCAACAAUUUUCUUAAGAUCCCAUCCUACUCUUUCCUGUCAACGCGGCGCUCU